UGGGAGUUUGAGCAAAAUGGUCAGUUGGAGUAUGGAGGAGGUGAUUAAAAGCAGGUUUAGGCACUUGAAGUGUGCAAAGGCCUGGCUUUUGGCGAGAUAUAGGCCGUUAAAGUAUCAGCGUUCUAUCAAAGAGUUGGCAACACGUCCGGGCGGUCAGACGGAGGGUUCGGGGAAUCCGCAAAAAGCUACCUUUGAACCCGCUUGCUUAGUGUGGAUAAUAGGAGGGAGCUCGAUGGCCGUUAAAUUGCCCAGGCGUUCGAUGAGUAUCGCAGGGUAG